CCCUUUUACUUAUCUUUAAGCUCAACACCUUCUAUGGAUUCAACCAAAGAAAGUAGCAAAAUCCCGAUCCCGGUGACCGAGUCGAAGGCAUCGAAGACUGCCUCUUCUCCUGUCGUGGUGGCAGUUGCCAAGAAACCCGCCCAACGGCCGUUAGUGGCAAGGUGGAAGAGAGGUCUCGGCAUUUUUGACUUCAUUCUAAGGAUAUGCGCCAUCGUUGCUGCUCUAGCGGCUGCUACCGCGAUGGGCACCACCAAUCAACAGCUCCCGUUUUUCACCCAAUUCUUCCAGUUCAAAGCAGACUACAACGACCUCCCUGCUUUCACGUUUUUCGUGAUUGCGAAUGCCACAGCUGGUGCAUACUUAGUCCUCUCGUUGCCAUUCUCUAUAUUGUGCAUCGUUCGUCCACAUAUGAUAGGAGCUCGGUUGAUGCUCCUCGUUUUUGACACCAUAGCGGUGCCUUUGAUCACUGCUGCUGCAUCCGCGGCUGCAUCCAUAAUCUACUUGGCACACAAUGGCAACUCGAACGCCAAUUGGGCGGCAAUCUGUCAACAAUUCGACGACUUCUGCCAGCGGGUCACCGGAGCCGUGGUGGCUUCCUUCAUUACAGCAGUCAUCUUCAUGGUGUUGGUGGUCGUAUCUGCCGUGGCUCUGCGGAGGAACUAAGGGUGGUUCUGAUCAAGAAUUUAAAGGGUGGUUAUGUAAUUUGAUGUUUAAAUUUAUGAUUCUCUCACGAUAUUGUAAUGCCAAUAGUGUUAUAUUCUCAACGAGUGUUAUAUUGCAAGCAGUUGUAUUUGAUGUA